UUUGCGCACCGCACCGCACCGGGCUGCUGCUGCUGCUGCUGCGGCUGCUGCUGACAGAGGAAGCGGCUGUCCUGCGCUGGAAGUGGGGGAGGACACACACACACACACACACACACACACACACACACACACGUUCCGUGCAUCAUCUAUAUUUAGGGGUUCCUCUCUUAAAGACCACUCACCAGCCCCCACCCACCCCCCUCCAAAAAAAAAACAAUGAUCAGGAACGGACACCACCGCCACCAAGUGAACACAGCAGCCGGGAAAGACGCAGGCACGACCCCCGGCGCUGCAGCCUGCAGUCCCGAGAAGAGGAGGCGAAGGAUCCGGGUGUGGUGCGACGGCUGCUACGACAUGGUGCACUAUGGCCACUCCAAUCAGCUGCGACAGGCCAAGGCCAUGGGAGAUUACCUCAUCGUUGGAGUACACACAGACAGUGAGAUCGCAAAGCACAAGGGUCCGCCCGUCUUCACUCAGGAAGAAAGAUACAAGAUGGUGCGGGCCAUAAAAUGGGUGGAUGAGGUCGCGCAAGGAGCGCCUUACGUCACCACCCUCGAGACCCUCGACAAGUACAACUGUGACUUCUGUGUGCACGGAGAUGAUAUAACACUAACAGUGGAUGGUAAGGAUACGUAUGAAGAGGUGAAGAAGUCAGGACGGUACAGGGAGUGUAAGAGAACCCAGGGAGUUUCGACCACAGAUCUGGUUGGCCGGAUGCUGCUGAUGACCAAAGCACACCACAGCAACAUUGAUAGCUCAGACUAUCAGCAGCACACAGACAACUUUGGAAAGGGGUCGCAUGUUCAGAAGGGCCACAGUCCCUGGACGGGGGUGUCUCAGUUCCUGCAGACUUCGCAGAAGAUCAUCCAGUUUGCCUCAGGCCAAGAGCCUCAGCCAGGAGACACUAUCAUCUAUGUGGCGGGAGCCUUUGACCUCUUCCACAUUGGCCACGUAGACUUCCUGGAAGCGGUGUAUAAGCUCGCAGAAAAGCCAUACAUUAUAGUGGGGUUGCACUUUGAUCAGGAGGUGAAUCGCUACAAAGGGAAAAACUACCCCAUCAUGAAUGUCCAUGAGAGAACACUCAGCGUCCUCGCUUGUCGAUAUGUAUCAGAGGUGGUGAUUGGUGCACCCAUUGCAGUCACAAAAGAUUUGCUUGACCAUUUCAAGGUGGACCUUGUUUGCCACGGGAAGACGGAAAUAUACCCUGACAAGGAUGGAUCUGACCCUCAUGCUGAGCCGAGGAGGAAAGGAAUCCUGCGCACUGUUGACAGUGGGAACAGCCUCACUACAGAUGCCAUUGUGCAGAGGAUAAUCAAAAACAGGUUGCUUUUUGAAGCGCGGAACCAGAAGAAGGAGGCCAAAGAAAUAGCUGUGAUCCAGGCCCUGAAGCGUCAAGAGGAGGAAAAGACUAAAGAAAGAGCCCAGGCUGUUAUGUAGGAAAGCCCCCCCCCUCCCCAAAAAAAGGAAGCACCAUCAACCAAGUGUCAUUAUUAACACUGACAAGCUCAAUUAAUCUAAUCCCAUGUACAGUUAAAUCAACCCUUUUAUAUAAAUGUUAUGACAACCUCCACACAAACUUGGCUAAUAACAGCAGCCCGUUUGUAGCCACAGUGGCAUCGUCUGCUGUGGGCUCAUCAGGUAUACCGUGUGUGUGUGCGUGUGUGCGUGUGUGUGUGCGCGCACGUGUGUGCGUGCGGGUGUGAGGGGGGGGGGGGGUCCUCUGCGUAUUAAUAUAUUCUGCAUAUGCAACUACAUGUUCAUGUCAGUCAAUCACACAUGGAACUACUGAGUUAGUACAAGAAAGUUAUCAUCAUGUCUUCUGUGUCUUUGGAUGAUUCCUUGAGUACUUUUGAUUUUAAAGAAUAUUUGAAAAUAUGAUAUCAUGUGAUUUGGGCACACAAGUGCAGAGACCCGGUGAUGCCGGUCAGGCACUGAACUAUAGCAAGCAAGAGAUUUCAUUUGUUGUUUUGUCUUGGGGCUGUUGCUGCUUUCUGCAUCAAAGGGCUCAGCCCCACAACUGAUUUAUUUGUGUAUAUACUGUAUGUAUGUAUUAUAAACUGAGAACAGGCUGUCUGGAGGAGGCUGAAACCACUAAAGCAUGAGGAGAAGAACAUAUCCCUUUCCUCUGACUUCUCUCACUUGGGUGUUGACAAACCUCUUUUGGGACCUCAUGUACAUACCAGAUCCCGCUCCAGACUGCACUGACUUCUCAGAAAUCAUCUGAACUGUUCAGAUUUUGUUCUAAGAGCAGGUUUUUAACAACAACAACAAAAAAACGCACACUGUUGAGACCUGCAUGCCUGGCCUUUUUGAGUGCAAUUGUUUAGGUUGUUUUUUUUUGUUUUUUUAAACCAACACUCCUUUGAUUUCUUUUAAUAUAGAGAGUUUUAGAAGUCUAACUUGAACCUUUUGUUUUCAUAGUAUAACAACAGAACUAUGACGGAUGCUCAGUGUUAACAUGAUCAUAAAAUCAACAUCUAACUGUCGUUUUUGAGCCCUGAACAAUUUAUCCUGUCACUAUAUCAAAUGGGAUUAAAUUAUAUAUUUUUUUGUAGAUUUAUAUUUUACUCACCUCUUCAUUAACUACUGUAUAGAUUAAUAUUUUUUAAAAAGCAAAAUAAUAUAUCUGUAUGUCAACUUGGAAUGUAUUCAGUUUAGGCCAUGAUUUAUGUUAGUGACAACUCCCAGGUGACAAAUGCUGUAGAAGCUGAUGGGCCUACAGUAUAUUAUUGUUGUGACAAUAAUAACAAUUUCAUCUGA